CCUCUCCGCUCCGCUCCGCUCUCCCUCCCUCCCGACCGAAGUCGCAUCCGCUCUCUCCGCGACUGAGCAGCCCUCCGCCGUCGCCGGCGCCGUCGCCUCCGCCCUUCGCCGGAGUCGUAGGUCCGUCCGUCGCCGCCUCCAUGGAUAUCCAAAGGCUCCGUCUCCGUUCCAAGUUCCAAGUGAGGCAGGGGACAUUCCGCGGCGCCGCCAUUUUCGAAGUCGAGAGUGUGAAGCAGGCGGAGCAAGUGGGACGCGGCAAUGCUAGCGCGGUCUUGUUCGCCCCUCCCGUCGACCACGCGGUGGUCGAUUACUCUCUGAUCAGCCACCUCCGGAGCACCAUCGCUUCCCUUCCGUUGAUGCUGAAGGUCCGUGUGGGCCACUUUGCCGAAGCCGAGGAGAUACAAAAGUUCGGAAUGGUUGAUUUCCUCGACGGGAACGAGGUCCUCGGCGUCGUCGACGAAACGUUCAUCGACAAGCAUGCGCUCUCGAUUCCAUUCGUCUGCGGCUGUAAAAGCCUUGCUGAGGGCUUGAGGAGGGUGGAGGAAGGGGCUCAGAUUCUCCGGAUGCAGGGGAAAUCGGAUAGGUCUGUCCAGUUCGCAGACACGGUGAAGAUCGUCAGAUCGAUCUCCCGGGAGAUCAGUGAUUUGGCCGGCAUGAACGAGUCCCAGGUCCGCGCGCACGCGCGGAAGAUAGCCGCUCCACCAGAUCUCUUGCUGGAGACGAAGCGGCAGGGGAGGGUUCCGGUUCUACAGUUUGCUGCCGGAGGGAUUGCCACUACGGCCGACGCAGCGCUGAUGAUCCGCCUGGGCUGCGACGGCGUCUUCAUAAACUCGCAGAUCCUUAACGAGACGAAUGCCUACAUGAAGGUGGCCAAAAUCAUGGAUGCUGUUCAGCAUGCUUGGCAAGUGUGA